GCUUUGGGCACUUUUUAGAAUUUAGGUUUCUGUAUCCUUUACUUGGAUCGGUACAACGAUCCGAUGGCGGCACAGGAUGAAGUCUUCAACACCUCCACGAUCACCGAAUCCACAGGUGAGACCGAUCACGAGCAACUCGAGGAGAUUGAAGUGAUUUUCGGGAAUUUCAAGUACAUCGAUAGCGGAGCCCUGCGGAAAUGCAGAAACUUGCAGAAAUUCACGAUGGUGAACUGCAGCCUCAUGGAGAUUUCAAGUUUUGAACCUGUCAGUGCGUCGCUUGUGCACUUGUGUCUGAGCAACCAGAACAUCUCCGAGAUAAGUGGAUUGUCGUCGCUGCACGAGCUACGUCACUUAUAUCUACAGCAGAAUAAUAUUAGUCGAAUCGAGGGACUCGAACGCUGCCGGAAGCUGAAGACCUUGUGGCUGUAUGAUAAUCGCCUCACAACGGUCGACAACCUGGAAUUCUGCACGGAUCUACGAGAGCUUUGGUUGCAGAACAACAGGAUUCAAACGCUGAAAGCCUCGAGCGGUGGGAUCUCCGACCUCGUCAAUCUUCAGAGAAUAAACCUGGCGAACAAUCGUAUCCGCGAUGUGGAUGAGUUUGAACAUCUUCGUAAACUCAUCGUGUUGGCCCAGUUAUCAUUCACAGACGAGCAUUUUGGGUCGAACCCGAUCGUUCAUCAUCCAGAGUAUCGUUCCAUUGCAAUUACGAUUCUUAAACAGUUGCGUCAGUUGGAUGGAACUCUUGUUGGAAGUGAUGAGCGCUCAACUGCGGAGGAUCAAUUUUUCACGCAGUCAAUGGAAUUUAACGACCAACUAGCGGAGUUGACUCUGGCCUACCAGCAGGAAUUGCGUUCUAUAUCUACAAGAAAAGAGCGAGGCAGAUCAAACGCGCAGAUGCUGCAACAAGAGCUUAUGGAGGCCUUGAACGAUGUUGAAGCUUGUGUCACCGCUGGCCAGGCACAGAUUGAGCAAGAAAAAGAGCGACAGCUUCAAUUGCGCGAACAGAACUCUCAAUUGCUGCGAGAAAAUGUUGCAAAGCUUCAACAAGACUUCUGUGCUGCUAUUAAGAGCCAAUACGACCUCGAAGACAAAGCAUUACUCGAAGAAGAGCGCGGCUACGAGAUCAUGGAGCUGGAAGCCAUGGCUGAACAACAACUAUCGCUGACAAUAGCUGCGCUACAGAACGCGUUUCCUAACAAGAUUGCGUUCCAGCAAAUACUCGAGCACAUGCCGGACUUUCGAUUUAUCGCUGAGAGUUUCCGACGACCAACAAACCAGUCUGUGUACGGCACCAAUGAUCAGGACGAGCGUGAAGUGCGUAUUCUUCAAAUGUAUCGCUUCUUUCACGACGAUUUGGCUGCAGCGUUUGAGGCAAAUACGAGACGAAUAGAGGAAGAACAAGCGAGUGGCACUGCACAAGGCAGUGAGUUGUAUCUGUACAUGGUUGUGAAUGACGAUAAGAUGACUUCUCUCCUUCAAACUGGCCUGAAAUCGACGAGCGAUGAAGUAAAUCACGCAUUUAACGACUGGGUUUUUCUCUUCUCGAAUCCUCUGGCGGCUCUACAAUUUUAUAAAGGCACAACUGGCAAAUUGGAGCCUCUGAGUGACAGCGAGACAGACGAUUCAUUCAGACAGACACUGUCUGAAGAGGAUUCUGUUUUGGUGGAGAGCUUCAAUCUGUUGCUGUGUCAAGUACGAAUGCAACACACUAUUGAGUUGUUCCAUCCUCAAAACAAGUCUUCGUCCUCGCUUGAAGAUCUCCACAGCGUUGCAAGUCCGAGAGGAUCAAUUCUGCCACCACCACCUACGGCGUUCUUACAAUUAGAGCUUGGUGAACAACAGUCAUGGUCUGCGUCAUCCUCUGAAGGGCACGUGUAUAUGGCCCGUCGAGCUCAUGUUCACUCUCAAAUUUUGCCACAAUUUGUGCUUUUGUGCUCGAAACGGGGUGAAUUUUCUUCUGGUAGCCACCGAUACGUCCAAGAUCAAACCCCGAGCAGUGAGUUGCUCCUUGCUCAGUUCCAGCAACAACUACGGGCUGAAGUGGAUGCCUAUCACACGCGUCUGUACCAUGAAAUGGACCCUGCAACGGUGCGUGUCCGAGCGCAGCUCCAGCACGAGAGCGAGCUACUACGACAACGACUCAAGGACAACGAAGACCGCAUAAGUCAGGAAAAACUAGAACAGGAGCGGAUACUGCGGUCACUUCGGAGUGGCGGCAAUGAGAAGAAAGAGCGCAGGCGAAAGUAAAUUACCAAUUGCAACUUUACAUUACCCAUCGCGAUCUGAUAAUGUCCCAAACAAACAUGCUACAGUAC